UCUCUUAGGUCUUAAGAAAUUAGGUUUAGCUAGGAUAGAAAUCGAAACGCUCUCAGUUGUAGGCUGCAGCAUGGAGUACGACGACGGCAUCCGGUCGCAAAUCGAUUGGAGAAUCGCCGAUAAAUCGCCUCCGGAAUGGAGUGGAAUUGACAAUUUACAUCAGGGGAUCCAAGAGAUCGAGACCCACCGAGACGAUGAACCUGCCGCCGACGAUCCCCAAUUCGCCGACGAUUUCGUCGCUCAGUUUCUCGUUGAUUUCCCUCCCGAUUCCUCUUCCGGCGGUGACCCAGAUUUUCAUCCUGAUUCCUCUUCUUCUCACCGCCACGGCACCCCUGAUUCCGCCAAGGACAACGACGCGGCUCUCGCAGCAGCACCCGUUGAAGUCGGAAACGCUCCUAAUGAUCCCGUCUUGAAGAAGCGGCAGAGGCAGCUGAGGAACAGGGAUGCGGCGGUGAGAUCUAGGGAGAGGAAGAAGGAGUAUGUGAAGGAUCUGGAGUCUAAGAGCAAGUAUCUGGAAUGGGAAUGCAGGAGACUGGGGCGGUUGCUUCAGUGCUGCGUUGCUGAGAAUCAAGCUCUGCGAUUCAGUUUGCACAAUGGAAGUGGUGCAGCGUUUGGUGCUGCCUCGGCCAAGCAGGAGUCUGCUGUGCUCUUGUUGGGUAUGUCUUCUUCCUUCGUAAUCCCUGCUGUUGGGUUCCCUGCUUUGGUUCCUGGGCACCAUUUGCCUGUUCCGUCUACCAACGACAGCGCCCCUGUCGUGGGUUCCACUGGUACAAUCGGCGCCACGACAAGGGGCGACUCCAAAAAGAGGAGGAAGAAGUAAGGUGGUGUCCGUACUGCAACUUGGCGAGCCAAGAGGCAGGAGAUGCAGGGCCUCACGGAUAAGGAUGAAAGAAGACCUUACAUACUCAUCUUCCUCAUGAGAUGUUGAAGGUUUUGUAAAGUGUAAGGAGUAAACAAGACAGAAAUCUUCUGGUAUUUCAACUGUAGUAUCUGUCAACAGUUGAACAGUUGGUUUGUCUUAAUCUAUGGGGAGCUCUGGUUCGUAAGUUCAAUAAUUCAAGAUUGGUAGUUAUGGCUACAGGAUUUACAUGUCGCAGUGGAAGUUAUGGAAUUAUGCUGCUUUAGAAGAAAUGAAAAGAAGCUCAUAUCCAUCAAACAGUGAGCACUGAGAGAUGGCCCCCUAUUGCCCUCCAAAAGCGUCAUCUCAUCUUUGCAC